AUGCGGCGGGCGGUGGCUCGGGAUAUGAAGCUCGAGGGCGACGCGAGGGUCCCCUUUAUAGGGAAAGUGAGGCGGUGGAGGUGGGGGCAGGGCAGCAGCGACGUCAACGGCGGCGCUGUGCUAGGGUCGCCGGCGUCGUUCGUGCACAGGGUGACGGCGCGCGCGCGGGAGACGGGAGGGACACGGGAGCCGGAACGGAGCGGACGGCGCCCCAAAUCCUUUUCUCGCUCGCGUCGCCGGUGCCGCUGCAGGCGCGCCUGGCCGUCGGGCUGUUGCUGCGCCUGGCCGCCGGGUCGCCGGUGCCGCUGCAGGCGCGCCUGGCCGCCGGGUCGCCGCUGCGACAAGCCACCGCGCCUGCCCGCCGCGGUGCUUGACUGCCGGAGUGCUGGGCCGCCGCCGCUGGAGGGCAGCGGGCCCAUCGCCAGCGCGAGUGGGAGGUGGCUGCGGACCCGUGCCCUGCUGCCAAGCAUCGAUUGGUCAUGGCACAAGGCCAACUCCUCGCUGCAAGUCAAUCUCAAUCAAUUUUUCAGCACACAUGAGUCAUACAAAUUAUUCUUGUAUACAGCAUCGACUGCACCCCCCUCCCAGCAGCUUCACAGCGGCGGCGCUGGCCCUCCUCCACCAGCGCGGCGGCCUCCCGCAGCGGUGGCCCAGCGGGCCAGGCGCCACCUCCUGCAGCGGCGGCCCGGCCAGGCGCCCAGGCUCCACGACACGGCGGCGGCCUCCCGCAGCAGGCCUGGCGGCGUCCCGGCCUCCCGCAGCAGAGGCGCGGCGGCGGGAUUGGGCGGCGACGCGAGGGGCGCGCCGGCGCCGUCCGCUCCGUUCCGCCUCCCGUGUCCCUCCCGUCUCCCGCUGUUAGCCCAUGUGGGGAAUUUUUUUCCCUGCAUGCGGGCCCAACACAGGGAGCCAUGGGAUUUGAUUUGGAGGGCUGAGAUCUACCUAAUGUCCCAUUGUGACAUUGCUACCCAAUGUCACUGAAUCUGAGUCCCCUCCCCACCGCUCCUCGCCACACUCUU